UAGUAUGCAAGAAGCCGUUCGUGAUGACUAUGUACUCCAGCAUGGAGGUUUAAGAAAUGGUUAUGAGAAAGAAAUGUGUCCAACCAUACAAGGCAACAAUUCCGUUAACUUCUUUAAUAAACCUCACACAGUUGUCGACAGCUUAAACAACUUUGAGGCAGCUUUAAGUUGUGAUAUUAAACUCGAAGACAAUAAUAGCGUUGAUCUCUUUCCCGUGCAUACUGCAACAUGGCAACAGUCUCACGAAUCCCGUAUGAAAUAUUUACAACAACGUCAUAGCUUGAAAACUGAGAACGUCCAUAAAAAAUUAUUAUUACAAAGUUCCGAUGACCCACUUAUAUCUAGUGUUGCUGAUGAAAUUACAUAUGACGAUGAUCAUCCAGCUGAAUUUAGAACGCUUAUAGCCGUAACACAUAAACAAAAACAACAGCAACAACUACAAUUAGAACAGAAACAACAACUCCAAGUUCCGCCCAUUACAAUACAACGUAAAAUUUUACCAAAACCGAUACAAGAAAAACAACGUCCGCAAAAUGGCUGCAGUCUCUUAACAAAACAGCAACUUAAAGUUAAAGCCGGACUAAUGAGUGCACAACAACAGAAGCAGACUAACACACAAGCGACAACUACAAUAGGAUCGACAUCCACAUUAAGUAAUAGUAGAAAUACACGCACAGCAAAGCCUAAAAAGAAAGGCGCUGUAAAACUACGUUUCCAUCAUCAGGCCCUACCUCCGGAAUAUCUUAGCCAUUAUGAAGCUACUGAACGACAAUUUGCAAAAAAAGCAACAAAACAAACGAAAGAUGCACAACCUAAAGAAACUAGAGUGGUUAAGCUGACGCAGGGUACAAAGUUACCACCACAAAAAAGUGCACAUGAAAAUGUGCGUAGUUGGUUGCAAAAAAUUGCAGAACUGCAACGUUCAGCAACACAACAGCAACAACAGCACCAAAAACAACAACAACAACAGACUCAGAUGGAAGCUGAUAAACAGCGAGUACAGCCUAUCCCUCAACUUACCAUCGAUAUUCAUCAUGAUGACAACAAUAAUAAUAAAUUUGCUAAUACACAUGAACAAACUGCUAUAAAACCCAUGUUCAGCGCUUCUGUCAACACCACUAAUUAUAAUUCAUUCUCACCAACAAGAACUUACCAUGCAAAUACUGAAAAUAAUACAUCAAAACCCUCGAACCCUAACUCGCCUAAUUCUACUGCGAAACGUGUCCAAAACUAUAAAGACCUUCCCUAUAUGGGUGAAAUAACGUUGGAUAAUUCUAAGCCACGUAGAGGACGUAAACCUAAAAAGGCUGACAUAUGUCAUCUUAUCUACAAAAACUACGGUACUAUUGUACCUGGUACACCAAAAGCAGUUAUUAAAACUGAAACUAUGAGAGAAACCAUGAAAACCACGCUACCAGUCACUUCUGCGGAAGAACCAUUAAAUUUGUGUAUGCGAGAUCAAUGCACUGAUAUGUACUCCAUAUCUAGUGAAGAUGAAGACGAAGCUUGUGCAUCCGACACUAACUCAAACAGUGCAACGCCUAUUACAACAUCCACUGACAACCUUACAGAUACACUAUUAGCAGCUAAUAUGAAAAUAUUAUUACCGGAAUUUGGUGAAUCGAAACCAGUUUUUAAGCAAGAGCCUGUAGAUGCCGAUAACACUAAUCACACGAAUGGUAAUAUCAUAGAUACAAAUAAUUUAUUGCACCCGAUGAGUUAUUAUUAUCAAAAACUCUUGGAAAGUGGUAACGGCCAAGCGUUUGGCUUACCAAUCGAAACUAUUGAGAAAGAUAAUCAACUGUCAUUAAAAAUACCAAUUCCGAGUAAUAUGUUUCUUACCCCGAAACUUGAAAAACAAGCACCCGUGCUCUCUAACAAUUGUAACACAACUAUAGAUUAUCCAGAACAAAUGUCUACACCCUCUUCAGUAAAAUCAGAAAACUCAGUUGCAACGAAUACAACAACAGCGAGCUCAGCGACACCUCUCUCACAAAUGGCACCACAAAAACGUAAGCGUUCAGCUAUUUUUAUUCCUCCUAUGCCAGCUGAGAAUGCAACAAACCCACCAACAGAGGUUAGCAUAUGCAAGUUUAAGUUUACUGGCGGUCCAAAACCUACACUUCAAGAGAAAAAAAUGCUUUCCGUUGAUUCAGAUGGAAAUUAUAGGUAUUAUAAUGGCACCGGAGAUAAAUCUAUGCGUGGCUAUGAGUUCUUUCCACGUGAAAGUCUUCAACAAUCCGGUGUAUUGCCAGGUGUGAAUUGUGCUGGCGCAUUUUUAAAUGCUACAGGUGAAAAAAUAUGCCUCGACGUACCACCACCAUCAACAGGUUUAAGUAAUGAGUUAUUACAAAUACCAGACUCUCCAACUUCUACUCCUACUUCAACAAUACUCCUACCCAACGCAACAGCAACAGCAGCUCGAACUACGCCCACAUCUCAUAUGAUCUCAAAUAAUACGCAACAGACCUGCUUUAAUGCAGCUACAGAAAAUGUUAAUUUAAAUCAAAAGACUGGAACUAAUAUUGGUGUGAGACGGGAUGUACAACCGCACAUGGUGAAUGAUGAGUCUACGACACUGUCCGGUGUCAUGCAACGCAACCAUAGUGAACGGCGUAGAAAAUCGCGUAGAUCUACUCAGCGUGAGAAGCUUGAAAAAACCUUCAAAGAGAAAGGAUUUUUAAUACAAACACAACAGUUGGAGUCUGCGGAGGGUGCAACGUAUUGCAAAUUUAGGCAGUUAAAGAAGUUUACUCGUUAUUUAUUUCGAAAUUGGAAAGAUUAUUUACCUGAAGGCGUUCAAGGCCAAGUUGAUCCUGCGGCUAUUACUGCUACUUUAAGUAGAAAUCAAAGUCAUGUUGGUGCUGACAAAAUUCAAAACGUAAAUGUGAACUGCAAUCCAGAAGAUAUAUCUGCACUUGAAACAAUGUUGGAAAGUCAAGGAUAUACUAAAAAUUUAAAUGCUCUUGAAUUAAAUUAAAUUGUUAAUUAUAAAUCGAGGCUACGUGGAACUAAGA